AAGGAAAAUGGUCUGCCAAUGGAAAGAAUAUUACAAAAUCAUGGCUCAAAGAAGGUCUUAAUCCGCGUUGCAUUACACGUGAUCUAAAAUGGGGCACUCCUGUUCCUCUUGAGGAGAUGAAGGACAAGGUUUUUUAUGUCUGGUUUGAUGCACCAAUUGGAUACCUGUCUAUUACGGCGAAUUACACGAAGGAAUGGGAAAAGUGGUGGAAAAAUCCAGAACAGGUUAAGCUUUAUCAAUUUAUGGGAAAAGAUAACGUUCCUUUCCAUACUGUCAUAUUUCCAUGUACCUUGAUUGGUACGAAUGAAGAUUGGACUUUAUUGCACCAUAUAAGUACCAGUGAAUACCUUAAUUAUGAAAAUACAAAGUUCUCGAAGUCUCGUAAUAUCGGUGUCUUUGGCACUGACGCCAAGGAUACGGGUAUUCCUGUAUCUGUUUGGCGUUAUUACCUUAUUUCAAGUCGUCCUGAAACAAGUGAUUCCAUUUUUACAUGGAAAGAAUUUAUCACCAAGAACAACACUGAAUUACUAGCAAACCUUGGAAAUUUUGUUAAUCGUGUCAUGAAAUUUACCGCUGCAAAGUACAAUAGUAUUCUUCCAGCUUUCACCGUGGAUCACGAAGCUGAACAAGAGCUCAUAAAGAAAGUAAAUACUACACUAACAGACUAUAUCGAUGCACUAGAAAACGUUAAGUUACGUGCCGGGCUCGAAUUAGCUAUGGAU